GAAGGCGGCGGCGGCGGCGGCGGCGGGACGGGCCCGGCGAUCGCUCCGCGCUCCGUCCGCGCCCCCCUCGGGGCCUCUUUCCCCCCCCCUUCCCCUCCUUCACUCCCCUCACAAACAACCGAGCGCCUCGUCCUUCCCCCCCCCUCGAAGCUCCCCGCGGGCUCCGCCUCUUCCUUCCCUCCCUCCCUCUCCCCGUCCCCGCCCCGCGCGGCCUCCCCUGAAGGCCCGGCCCGGCCUCGCGCUCCGGCCUCCGCGCCGCCGCUUCAGCGCGCCCGCGGCUUCCGCUUCCCCCCCCUCCCUCCUCCCUCACCCCCUCCCUCCCCUUUUCCCCCCCCCUUCCCUUCCCCUCACGCCGGACCCGCCAUGGACGUGAAGCGGCUGAAGGUGACCGAGCUGCGGGCCGAGCUGGGCCGGCGCGGGCUGGACGCCCGCGGGCUGAAGGUGGAGCUGGCGCAGCGGCUGCAGGAGGCCCUGGACGCCGAGAUGUUGGCGGCGGGGCCUAGGAAGGCGGCGGAGGAGGAGGAGGAGGAGGAGGGGGAGGCCCGGCCGCCGCGCCCGGGGCCUGCGGAGGAGGAGGAGGAGGAGGAGCAGGAAGCGGGGCCGGCGGGAGGCCCGGCCGGGCGGCACCACCACGGAGGGGAGGAGGAGGAGGAGGAGGAGGAAGAGGAGGAGGAGGAGGAAGAAGAGGAGGAGGAAGAUGAGGAAGCGCUGCUGGCCGACGAGGACGAAGCGGCCGCCGCGGCCCCCGAGGCGGCCCCGGCCCAGUCCGGCCCCCCCGGGGAGGAGGAGGAGGAGGAGGAGGAGGAAGAGGAGGCGGCCCCGGCCGAGCCCGCGGGCCCGGAGCCGCCGCAGCUUCAGCCGCCGCAGGAGGAACCGGCGGCCGAGGCCGAGCCCGGAGCGACCGAGGGAGGAGGAGGAGGAGGAGAAGGAGGCGGCGGCGUGAACGGGGCCGAGCGGCCGCCGGAAGAGGCGCCCAGCGGGGACGAGGCGGCCGCGGCCGAGGCCAAGGAGGAGGGAGCGCAGGCGGGGGAUGAGGAGGACAAGUCCCAGGCCGCGGGUUCCGAGGCCGAGCGCCGCGGCCUCAAACGGCAGCGGGACGAGAAGGACGAGCACGGCCGAGCCUACUACGAGUUCCGGGAGGAGGCCUACAACAGCCGAUCCAAGUCUCCGCCGCCGCCGGAGGAGGAGCCUCGUGAGGGGGAAGAGGACGAGACCCUCGUCAUCCUCGACACCUACACGUCGGACCUGCAGUUCCGCGCCAGCCGGGACCGUUACGGGGGGCAGCCGCUGUUCCCGGAGAAAUUCCCGGGACUUUGGGCCGGCGCCCGCAGCACCCACGGGGUCACCAAGGGCAGAGUCUGCUUCGAGGCCAAGGUGACGCAGUACCUGCCCCUCAAGGAGGGCAGCCCCGAGGUGCCCCUUUUCCGUGUGGGUUGGUCCGUGGAUUUCUCCCACUCCCAGCUGGGGGAGGACGAGUUUUCCUACGGAUACGAUGGGCGGGGGCUGAAGGUGGAAAAUGGGCAGUUUGAGGAAUUCGGGGAGAGUUUUGGGGAGAACGACGUCAUCGGCUGCUUUGCGGAUUUCGAGAGCUCGGAGGAGGUGGUGGAGCUGUCGUUCUCCAAGAACGGGCAGGGGCUGGGGGCGGCGUUCCGUAUUCCCAAGGAUUCCCUGGCGGAGCGGGCGCUGCUGCCCCACGUGCUCUGCAAGGGCUGCGCCGUCGAGCUCAACUUCGGGCAGCGCGAGGAGCCCUUCGGAGCCGUUCCCGACGGAUUCGUCUUCAUCCAUGCCCUGCCCGCCCAGGAGCGCGUGCGCACCCCCCUGCCCCCCCGCAGCACCGAGGAGUGCGAGGUGCUGCUCAUGGUGGGGCUGCCGGGCUCCGGGAAGACCCAGUGGGCUCAGAAACAUUCCCAGGAAAACCGGGAGAAGCGCUACAACAUCCUGGGAACAGAGGCCGUCCUGCACCAGCUGCGGGUGAGCACCGGGAAUACCGGGAAUGCCAACGGUGUUCCCUGGG